CUGAAGAUGGCGAAUGUUACAGUGAAUGCUUGCCCAAAACCUCCAGCGGCAACAUCAAAUGGAGUGUUCCAAGGGGACAAUCCACUUCAUUCUGCUCUCCCCCUAGCCAUAUUGCAAAUAUCUGUCAUUGUCAUAACUCGCUGCCUUGCUUUCCUUCUCAGGCCUCUAAGGCAGCCCCGUGUUAUAGCCGAGAUCAUUGGUGGAAUACUGCUUGGUCCAUCAGCACUGGGGCGUAGCAAGGCCUUUAGGCAUGUAGUUUUUCCACCUAGCAGUCUCACAGUAUUAGACACACUGGCCAACCUUGGUCUUCUCUUUUUCCUCUUCCUGGUAGGUCUAGAACUAGAACCCAAAUCAUUACGUCGCACGGGCAAGCGCGCUGUUGGAAUUGCUAUUGCUGGAAUAUCACUCCCAUUUGUCCUUGGUAUAGGUACAUCAGUCGUUCUUCGCCAUACAAUCUCUAAGGGCGUUCAGGGUGCUCCUUUUCAAGUUUUCAUUGGUGUUGCUCUAUCCAUCACAGCCUUCCCAGUCCUAGCUCGUAUCCUUGCGGAGCUCAAGCUUCUUACAACUGAUAUUGGCCGUAUGGCUAUGUCUGCUGCGGCAGUUAAUGAUGUUGCUGCUUGGAUCCUCCUAGCCCUUGCCAUUGCCCUAUCUGGUUCAAGCCAUUCCCCUCUUAUCUCUCUCUGGGUUCUUCUUUGCGGAGUUGGAUUUGUCUUGUUUUGUAUAAUCCUUGUGCGACCCAUCUUGGCAUGGAUUGCACGACGCACACCAGAGGGUGAGCCUAUAGGGGAAAUAUAUGUUUGUGCCACUCUAGCGGCUGUUCUGUCUGCUAGUUUUGUGACAGAUGCUAUAGGAAUACAUGCCUUAUUUGGUGCUUUUAUUAUUGGGGUUCUGGUACCCAAGGAUGGUCCCUUUGCAGGUGCAAUGGUAGAAAAGGUGGAGGACCUUGUGUCAGGCCUCUUCCUCCCUCUAUAUUUUGUUUCAAGCGGAUUGAAGACUAACGUGGCAACAAUCCAGGGAGCACAGUCGUGGGGGCUGCUGGUUCUUGUUAUACUAACAUCCUGUUUGGGGAAGAUUGCAGGGACUGUUGGGGUUUCAAUUGCUUGUAGGAUGCCUUUUCGUGAGGCUUUGGCACUUGGAUUUCUUAUGAACACAAAAGGUUUGGUGGAACUGAUUGUGCUGAACAUCGGCAAAGACAGAAAGGUGCUGAAUGAUCAAACAUUUGCUAUCUUCGUCUUGAUGGCUCUUGUCACUACCUUCAUCACAACACCACUUGUCACUGCAGUCUACAAGCCAGCAAGGAAGUCAAGCACCGUAUACAAGCACAGGAGAAUUGAAAGGAUAGAGUCUGGCACCCAGCUUCGGAUUUUGGCCUGUUUCCACAGCACUAGGAACAUCCCCACAAUCAUCAACCUCAUUGAGGCCUGCCGGGGAACCAACAGACGAGAAGGAUUAUGCGUGUAUGCCAUGCAUCUCAUGGAGCUCUCUGAGAGGCCAUCCGCAAUCCUCAUGGUGCACAAAGCAAGGAAGAAUGGCCUGCCAUUUUGGAACAAGACCCCGCAGUCUGGCCAUGAUCAGGUGGUUGUAGCCUUUGAGGCCUUCGAAAGACUAAGCAAUGUUUCUAUUAGGCCGAUGACCGCGAUUUCAGCACUCACUGAUAUACAUGAGGAUAUAUGUGCAAGCGCGGAGAGGAAGAAGGCUGCGGUUAUAAUAUUGCCCUUCCACAAGCAUCAGAGGCUUGAUGGAACGUUGGAGAUGACACGGCAUGAUUUCCGCUUAGUCAACAGAAAGGUUCUCGAACACGCUCCUUGCUCAGUUGGGAUCCUUGUGGGUGGACUUGGUGGAACCACUCAUGUCUCAGCCAGUGAUGUGUCAUCAUCUAUCACUGCCUUAUUCUUUGGUGGUCCAGAUGAUCGUGAAGCUCUUACGUAUGCAACUCGAAUGGCGGAGCAUCCAGGGAUCCAACUCACAGUCCUACAUUUCUCUGAAUCUGGACAUGGGUUUCAAGGAGAAAGCAUUGCAGUUGAUGUGAACGCCGACUCCAGUUCUGAAAGGAGGUUGGCUGAUGAGGAGGUUUUGAACGAAUUCAGAAAUAAAACUCGGAAGGAUUCUGUCAUCAGGUACGAGGAACGGGUGGUUGCAAGCAGAGAUGAGAUAGUGGCGGCAAUUCAAACUGUAAGUCGGUCCGAUCUCAUUCUGGUGGGUCGGAGACCAGAAGGAGCAGCUGCAGCAGCUCUCGUGACUGAAAGAAGUGAAUGCCCGGAAUUGGGCCCUGUGGGAGGCUUGCUAACAUCACCAAGCUUUUCGACUACUGCCUCAGUUUUAGUUGUGCAGCAGUACUCUGGGCAGAGCAGAAUGGCAAUUCCUCCAGCUAUUCAGAAGAGCAACCAGAAGUUCAGAGAACCGAGGAGAAGCACCUCGGACUCUUAAAAGCUAGCUCCUGUCUCUACUCUAUCCUCAUGUACCUUUUCCACAGACAACUAUUGUCUUUGUUCAUCAUCUAGCCCUAGAUUUCAGUAAUUAGAAACCGGCUCAGCUGAAGCUUCAUUUGAAUUUUCGAUAUUUGCUUCAGACUUG